UUUCGGGCCCGCUGCGGGGCCAACAGCUGCUCGGCCGCCCUGGACCGCCCCGGCCCGCCCCCGGCAGCCUGGCCCCGCCCGGCCCGGCCCGCGCAGCCCCACCAUCAUGGGCAGCCUCAACCGCCGGGAAGUUCUGGAAGAAGGUGACAAGGACUCAGCAUUCACCUGGGUGGUGAAGGCCAACAACAGGUACUACCACUGGCAGUUCAAGGAGAAGGUUUUCCUGUGUUUCCAGAGGAAUAAAUACAAGACAAACGCCAUCCGCACGGCCAAGUACAGCAUCUUCUCCUUCCUGCCGCUGAACCUGUACGAGCAGUUCCACCGCAUGUCCAACCUCUACUUCCUCCUUGUCAUCAUCCUCCAGGGCAUCCCCGAGAUCUCCACGCUGCCCUGGUUCACUCUUUUCGCCCCCCUCGUCUGCCUCCUGUUCAUCCGCGCUUCCCGCGACCUGGUGGACGACAUCGGGCGGCACCGGAGCGACAAAGCCAUCAACAACAGGCCCUGCCAGAUCCUGCAGGGGAGGAACUUCCUGUGGAAGAAAUGGAAGGACCUGUGUGUGGGUGACGUGGUCUGUCUUCGCAAGGAGAGCAUUGUCCCGGCCGACCUGCUCCUUCUGGCCAGCUCAGAACCCAGCAGCCUGUGCUAUGUGGAGACAGCCGACAUCGAUGGGGAGACCAACCUGAAGUUCAGGCAGGCCCCGACCAUCACUCACCACGAGCUGACCAACAUAAAGAAGAUGGCCACCUUCCAAGGCACGGUUGUGUGUGAGAAGCCCAACAGUCGGAUGCACCACUUCGUGGGGUGCCUGGAGUGGAAGGGCAAGAAGUACCCCCUGGACAGCGGCAACAUCCUCCUCCGCGGCUGCAAGAUCCGCAACACGGACACCUGCUAUGGACUGGUCAUCUACGCCGGUUUCGACACAAAGAUCAUGAAGAACUGUGGCAAGAUCCAUAUGAAGAGAACCAAGCUAGACUACUUGAUGAACAGGCUGGUUGUCAUAAUCUUCGUGUCCGUGGUGGUUGUCUCGCUCGGGCUGACCCUGGGCUUCAGGUCCACGGUGAAGGACUUCAAGGAGGGACACUUCUAUGUCUCGGCCCGGCUCUCGCGCACCAUUGCCGCCGAGACCUUUUUCAACUUCUGGGGCUUCCUCAUCCUGCUGAGCGUCAUGGUGCCCAUGGCCAUGUUUGUCCUAGCGGAGUUCGUCUACCUGGGCAACAGCAUCUUCAUCAACUGGGACCUGAAGAUGUACCACGAGCCGCAGGACGAGCCGGCCAAGGCGCGCAGCACCAGCCUCAACGACGAGCUGGGCCAGGUGGAGUACGUCUUCUCGGACAAGACGGGCACGCUCACGCAGAACAUCAUGACCUUCAAGAAGUGCUGUGUGGACGGCCUCAUCUACAGUUCGGAUGACGACGACGUGGAGGCCAUUCGCAAGGCGAACCCUUACGUCUGGAACGAGUUUGCCGACGGAAAGCUGCUGUUCCACAACGCAGAGCUGCUGCGGGCCGUGCGGGCCGACGAGGCCGUGGCCGUGCGCGAGUUCUGGCGCGUGCUGGCCUUGUGCCACACGGUGAUGGUGCAGGAGGAGGCCAACCAGCUGCUGUACAAGGCGGCGUCGCCGGACGAGGAGGCGCUGGUCACCGCCGCCCGCAACUUCGGCUACGUGUUCCUGUCGCGCACGCAGGACACGGUCACGCUGGUGGAGCUGGGGCAGCGGCGGGUCUACCAGGUGCUGGCCAUGAUGGACUUCAACAGCGUGCGCAAGCGGAUGUCCAUGCUGGUGCGCACCCCCGAGGGCACCAUCUGCCUCUACACCAAGGGCGCGGACACCGUCAUCUUUGAGCGCCUGCACAAGAGGGGCCCCGCGGAGUUCACCACGGAGGAGGCCUUGGCCGCCUUCGCCGAGCAGACCCUGCGGACCCUGUGCCUGGCCUACAAGGAGGUGGACGAAGCCACGUACGAGGACUGGAGCCGGCGGCACCUGGAGGCCAGCAUUCUGCUGCAGAACCGGGCGCAAGCCCUGCACCAGGUGUACGAGGAGAUGGAGCAGGACCUCCAGCUGCUGGGAGCCACCGCCAUCGAGGACAGGCUCCAGGACGGUGUCCCCAACACCAUCAAGUGCCUCAAGAAGGGGAACAUCAAAGUGUGGGUGCUGACGGGAGACAAGCAAGAGACGGCGGUGAACAUCGGCUUUGCCUGCAACCUGCUGUCGGAGGACAUGCUCAUCCUGGAGGAGAAGGAGAUUGUCCGGAUCCUGGAGGCCUACGGGGAGAGCAACAACAACCUGUCGGGCGGGAGGGAUCCCCAGCAACCGUCCCGGUUCCUGCCACAGACCAAGACGGCUAUGGUCAUCAAUGGGGAGUUCCUGGACCAUCUGAUGCUGUCCCUGCGCAAGGAGCCGUGCGCCCUGGUUCACCACGUGCACACGGAGGAUGACGCCUGGCGGGAGCCCGGGCAGCGGGAGGAGGAGGCCCCGUGGUCGGAGCAGCUGGCCCGGGCCUGGUGGUCCUUCAUUGGCCAGCUGAGGGGCACGAGGCUGGCCCGGGGGGCCCGCGGCCAGGGCCCCCGCGAGAGCCCGGAGGUGCAGCGGGAGCGGGCCUUCGUGGACCUGGCCUCGCAGUGCCAGGCUGUCAUCUGCUGCCGCGUGACGCCCAAGCAGAAGGCUCUGAUAGUGGCGCUCGUCAAGAAGUACCAGCAGGUGGUGACCCUGGCCAUCGGCGAUGGCGCCAACGACGUCAGCAUGAUCAAGACGGCCAGCAUCGGCGUGGGGCUGACGGGCCAGGAGGGCAUGCAGGCCGCGCACAACAGCGACUACGUGCUGGGCCAGUUCUGCUUCCUGCCGCGGCUGCUCCUGGUGCACGGGCGCUGGUCCUACCUGCGCAUCUGCAAGUUCCUGCGCUACUUCUUCUACAAGACGAUGGCCAGCAUGAUGGUCCAGAUCUGGUUCGCCUUCUACAGCGGCUUCACCGCCCAGCCCCUAUAUGAGGGCUGGUUCCUGGCUCUCUUCAACCUGCUCUACACCACCCUCCCUGUGCUGUACAUUGGCCUCUUUGAGCAGGACGUGAGUGCGGAGAAGAGCCUGGAGCUGCCGGAGCUGUACAUGGCCGGGCAGAAGGACGAGCUCUUCAACUACUGGGUCUUCUUACAAGCCAUCGUCCACGGCACGGCCACCUCCCUGGUCAACUUCUUCAUGAGCCUGUGGAUCUGCUACGACACAGCCGGGCCCCAGAGCUUCUGCGACCAGCAGUCGCUCGCCGUCGUCGUGGCGCUGUCCGGGCUGCUGUCCAUCACCGUGGAGAUCAUCCUGAUCAUCAAGUACUGGACGUUCCUCUCGGUGCUGGCCAUCGCCCUCAGCCUCUUCUUCUAUGGCUCCCUGACCGGUGCCACUCAGAGCUCGUGGCUCUUCACAGCAUCCCCUGAAAAUUUCCCGUUUCUGUACGCUGACCUCAAUGUGCUGUCCCAGCCGUCCGCCCUGCUGGUGGUCCUGCUGAACGUGACCCUAAACACGCUGCCCGUCCUGGUCCUGCGUAUCAUCUGCCAGUUCACCAAGAAGCCACUGCUGCCCAAGAAAGAGGAGGUCCCAAGCGAAGAAGCCAUGGAGCCCGUGCCCUACCUACGGCGAGAGUCACGUGGCCGGCGCUCCAGCUAUGCCUUCUCCCACCGCGAGGGCUACGCGGACCUCAUCACUCAGGGCACGAUCCUGCGGAAGACGCCGGAGACCAACGACGAGAUGCUGGCUGACAACACAGUUCCAUCCGAGGAAGAGUUUUCCCCGAAGCCGUCCCCGAACCCCAGGGUGUCAUACUGGCAUUCCCGAAGGCUGGUGCUCCUGGGGAAGAGGAGGCGACGGUCCCCGGAGAAGGUGUCCUCCAAGGAGCUGCACACGCCUGCCCCCCCGCCAAACUCAACCUUGAGUGUGGCUGAGCAGCACACUUUUUAUCCGGAAAACCAAUCCUCUCUCUCUGAGAAGCUCCCUACCACCAUGAGCUGGACAUUGAGAUCCUCCCAGGAGCAGCUGCCAGCAGAGGAGAAGCCGGAGCAGGAGCCACCUUCUGCAGAGGGGCCGCCGACACCCAAAGAAAGCCAGACGGCAUCGUCUUUGAGCCAGCCGAGCCCUUUGGUGAGCCAAGCGGAGCCCUCAGAAGAGAGGCCAUCACUUUGGAAGACCUGGACCCUGCCCUGGCAUAGCUGGAUGUACAACUGGCAAAAGGAGCCCGUCUCUGAGGACAAGAAGACAGAGCCAUCACCGGUGGCAUCCCUGCAGGAGGAAGGGGCACCCACGAACGGACAGCCACCACCCAUGGGGUCGCUGUCAAAAGCCACAGAGGAGCCGCCACCCCCACCUCUGGAAAAGCCGCCAUAGUUGCAGACUAGGAGAAGUCAGCAAGCAUGCAGGGGGCCCUCUGCCAAUGUCAAGGGCUCCACAUCCUUUCCUUUUUCUAAUAAACAGGGUCUGCCUGACCCCA